GUCCACCCAGGAAGUCCGAACAGCACUCCAGGAGCAGAUGUGAAUGGAGUCUCAGUAUCUGAAGAAAUGCCUGGGAAGUUGCUUGAAAAAGGGACUGGCAGAGGUUGCAGAGCAUCGGCCAGCAGAUCCAAUAGAGUAUCUGGCACAUUGGAUUUACAGUUACAGAAGAAUCUUAGAUGAAGAAAAAAAGAGAAUGUUGGAGAGGAUUGAGCUGGAACAAGAACGGGAGGCAGCGCUGGUAGAACUUGAAACGUUAAGAAAAAUGAAGGAAGAAGAGCUAAUGAUCCAGUGGAAACUUGAAGAACAACGUCAGGGUCAGUUGGAACAAGAAUGUGAGGAGUUGGAACUGCAGAAUGAAGAAGACAAAAUGCUGUUGCAGCGGAAAGAUCAAGAGCAAAAUGAAAAGACGAUAGCUGAACUUACAGAUAGACCUGGAGCACCUAAUUUGACCAGAGUUGAGGAGCUAGAUGAGAAUGGACAGUUUGAGAGUAUAACAGAUCUCAUGGCAGAAGCCGAACAAGAAAGUUCCCAACAGAUCUGAAAGCAGUAAAUGUAUUUUCUAUUCGUUACUUGCUGAUCCUGAAGUAUAAUAUCUUAAUUUAUGUAUUUUAUAUAUAGACCUGAUUUACGUACUUGUUGUUUCAGUUUCUGUGCUUUCUGGUUGUUUGUAUAAAAUCUGUUAAUUCUGGCAUGUGAUGCUUCGUUUUUGUUCUUAAACCAUUGUAGUUAGCAUGGCUGACUCAGAGGAAGAAAACUGCAGUUGAAAUGAAAGCAGUAAAUAUGUUUUCUACUUAUUGCCCAUUGACUCUUGAAGUGUAACUGUGAUAAUUACAGAUACAAUUAAUGUGUCAAGAUUAUUUUGGAGUAGAGGCUACAAUACGAUAAUUUGAAUCAACAUUAGAAGAAUAAAAGAUUAUUGAAAAAGGGUUUUCCAACAAUUUGAAUGGUUUCUGAUAGAAAGAGGGAAAGCUCUACAGACUAGAAGGUAGAAAGAGAGUUCUGCACUUCAAACUAGAUGCAAAAAUCAAAUCAGAAGAUUUUCCAAUUUAUCUGGAAGAGAUAAAUUGAACUGUAUGUGACUCAGUAGACGGAUGUACUGAAAGAUCUUGUCUGUCUUAGAAAUCAUAAGGUGCUUUAUGUAACACUAGGUGUUUGCUCUAGGCUUUAUAAUGACCUUACCUGGUUAUUGUUUGAUAUUAGGUGAGCUGCAUGUGUCUGCAUAUCAGCUUUGAUUAGUCAAGUCUUAAAUUAAUCUUUCCUGCAUUUGUCUUGAAUUUGCAAAUCAAUAAAUUACAUCUGUGUUGUCUUUACUAAAUACCAUUGUUAGUUCUCAAAGCUUCAUUUCUAAAAAAAUUUGGAAGAAUAUUUAGCUUGAUCCAUGUUUAUCUAUAAAAUAUUUUUUAUAAUCCUUAAAGAUUGCAUUAAUGUUUAUAAGAACAAAUUUCUGUAAUCACUGUUAUCUUGGUACAGGUUAUCAAAAAUGUUCUCUGUCUGUUCCUUAUAAAUGGAAAAGACACCAGCAUUAAGAAAUCCUACACUUCUUGGCUAAAACAUGCCUUUGCACCUCAGUGUCUUCUAAUAAUACAGGUCAGUCGGGCAAUUAACAUUGCCAGUAUUGUAUAAUGAAAAUACUUCUCAUUACAAAUUCAGUGCAUAGUUAGUGCCAUCACUGCAUUCUUCAGUUUUGGGAUGAAAGAGAUUUUCAGCAUAAAUUCACUUUGUUUAUAUUAUAGCUAGCUUUAAGGGUUUUGCUAUUUUUGGCAAACUGUUAAAAAUAUCUAUAUACCCAACAGGCAAAGGUCAGCCAUGUAAUAAAUACUUUUCUGCUCUAAAUGACUUGUUCUGUUCAUGUAGCUCAUACUAGGCAUAAGCAUAUCAAUUUUUAAAAAGGUAAGCACUGUUGA